UGAAAGUAGAAUUUUUUUUUUUUUGAUUCAUGAACUAUAUUUGAUAAUCCCAUAUUGCGUAACAAACAACUCAUGACGACUCAAUUUGGCUGACCUUGUCUACGGUCGAUUUAUCAAUCAAAAGAACCCAUAUCAAACAUAACCCCAAAAAUCAAAAAAAGAAAUUGUAAAGGGAACUCAUCUAUUCGGACUCGAUCCAAUUCAUUCUCGAAUUCACACUUCUCUUGGCGCGUGCUGCAAAUACAAACAUCAGCUAUGGAUUCAUCGCAGCAUAACUCUGCCGCCGGUAGCAUUGGCGGCAACGGAAUAAUAAACCCUAAAUCCAAUGACGCAUCACCGGUCGAUUCAGCGGCCAACGCCACCGGUUCACCCGCCGAGGAGUCAAAACAAAAUCUCAAUCAAGUCAUAAAUUCAAUCGACAAAACCCUAGGAAUUCUCCAUCAGCUUUAUCUCACCGUCUCUGCUUACAACGUUUCCUCUCAAUUUCCCCUUCUUCAACGCAUGAAUAAUCUUGUUGUUGAGCUUGAUAAUAUGGCGAGAUUGGGAGAAAAAUGCAAUAUUCAAGUGCCAAUGGAGGUUCUAAACUUGAUUGAUGAUGGGAAGAAUCCAGAUGAAUUUACAAGGGAUGUGUUGAAUAGUUGUAUCUCCAAGAACCAAAUCACUAAGGGCAAAACAGAUGCAUUCAAGGGUUUGCGAGGGCAUCUAUUGGAGGAGCUCGAGCAGGCUUUUCCUGAGGAAGUGGAGGCUUAUAGGGAUAUUCGUGCAGCUUCUGCAGCUGAGGCAAAACGCUUGGCUCAAGCACAAAGUCUAUUACCAAAUGGGGAUGUAAAGUUGAAGCCUGAAAUAUAACUUCCACAUGAUGGAAGUUGCAUUUUACUAUUCAGGUGCAUUAAUGGGCUUUUAAUGUCUGUUAAAGAACCCUUUAGAUUUUCAAGAAUGUAAAAUGUAUGUAAUAGAUUUAUGUAUCGUGAAUUUAUUCAUGUCUUUGUUGUAACUGCCUCCAUCUUGAAUGUUAAAAGAUCGUGUAAUGUGUAAUUAACCCUCCCCCUGCUUCUGUCACCUUAGAGGUUCCAGGCAGAAUAGGAAAAGAUAAAUUGUUCAA